GUUGAUGAUGCACCAGAACACUAAACGCAGGAGCAAAGCAAAGGCAUGAUUGAAUCACCAAAUGGAAAUGGUCACGCCCAUCUCACACUGUUAGGCUGUAAUCGUUUCUUGUUUAAUUUGUCUGCGUCAGAAAAUUAUGCCGCAAAAACCGGAGAUUUUCAAGCAGAAGAUUAUAAGAAUUUGUUUGUAGACCCUCUACUAGGUUUGACAAUGCAUGCAUAAGCCAAAAUACUCGAGGACCCACGUUCUAUCCUUCUCUCUAUUGACUGUUGAAACACACUUCUCAUGAUCCUUUCGUAGCUAUAAGCAAAAUUUGCAUCAAAUUGAUCAAUGAGAGCUGGUGCUGUUGCUGUUGCUGUUGCUGGUGGUGGUGGUGGUGGUGGGUGUUCAUCAUUCAGUGGCGCCGCAGGUUUGCAUUAGCUACUAUUGGAUUGAUUGAUUGAUUGAUUGAUGGUCUUUUUAAGAGAAGAACUUUUAAGUGGUACAAGGGUUUUGGUGGGUUCGGUUCAAUUUCCUUUUUUGUUUUCAUUCAAAUUGAACUAUUGAUCGGUAUUGUUUUAAGCUAUAUGGAUCAAAUGGGGUUUCUUCUUUUCGUCUCCACUCUUAUUUGUUUACUGUUAUUGAAACCUAUACUCCUCUGUCAGUGUCAACAACAAUCUCCCAAUACGGAUGGCUAUUUCGUCUAUAAUUUCUUGCAGACAAUGGGUUCAAUUUCAUCUCAAAAUCCAUCUGGUCCUGUUUGUUUUUGGGAAGGUGUAUCCUGUGAUUCUAAGAAUGAAACUGUCACUGGGUUGGUAGCUUCUGGCUUUCGUUUAUCUGGUUUGAUUCCUGAAAACUCAAUUGGAAAACUAAGUAAUCUCCAGUUUUUGGAUCUAAGCAACAAUGAAAUAACUGGUUUCUCAUCUGAUUUCUGGAGUUUAGGUUCACUAAAGUCCCUCAAUCUCUCUUAUAAUCACAUAUCUGGGAAUCUCCCUACCAACAUUGGGAAUUUUGGCCAACUUCAAAUUUUAGACCUUUCUUUUAACAAUUUCUCUGGGACAAUUCCUCAAGAUAUAAGCUCUUUAUCUAAUCUUCAAACUCUCAGGUUAAACCAAAAUGGGCUUGAAUCCAGAAUUCCAUCCGGACUUGUGAUUUGUAAGUCUUUGGUUUUUUUCGAUCUUUCCUCAAAUCAACUUGCGGGUAUGCUUCCGGACGAAUUUUUAGCUGCAUUUCCGAAUCUUAAAUCUCUCAACAUUGCUGAUAAUAUGAUUACUGGCCAUGAUUUAAAUUUUUCGCGGCUUAAGUCUAUUACAUAUGUCAAUAUUUCGAGGAAUCAGUUUCAGGGUUCUGUAGUUGGUUUGUUUCAGGAGCCAAGGGAGAUCAUUGAUUUGAGCCGAAACCAAUUCCAAGGGAAUAUAUCACAGGUACACAAUUGGUCUAGCCUGGUUUAUAUUGAUUUAUCUGAGAACAAGUUUACUGGAGAAAUUUCAGCUAGUUUUGGAGAAGCUAAGGAUUUAAAGCACCUUAAUCUUGCAUAUAAUCUGUUUUAUCCACGAGAAUUCCCAAAUAUCAACAUGCUUUCGCUGUUAGAAUAUCUUAACUUAUCUAGAACAAGUCUCGUCGGUCAUAUUCCAGUUGAAAUCUUUAAAUUGGAUCAUCUUGGAACUCUUGAUGUUUCCUUCAACAAUUUAACAGGGGAGAUUCCGUUACCAGUCUUGGAGAAGGUUAUUUCGAUGAAAAGAUUCAAUUUUUCAUAUAAUAACUUGACCCUUUGUCCUUCCGGUAUCUCUCUCUCGGCCUUUCCAUCAGCUUUCAUAGGCACGACGAACAUUUGUCCGAUCGCUGUAAAUCCGGAUAAAUUAAGAAAGAAAUCUAAGCAUCGUCAAGUACUGUUUCUUGCAUUGGCUUUAGCCACUUUAUUGGGAUGUUUGAUUGCAGCAUUGUUGAUUUUCGUCUUUGGCUUUGGCUUUGGCUGCGGUAGAAAGAUCAUCGAAAAACAAGGAGAACCAGUACUCGUGGGAGAACGCGAUAUUUCAGGCUCAUUCUCCAUUCAUACUGAUUCAAGUACAUCAUUCCCUGUUGUGAUUUUCGAGAAACCUUUGUUAAAUUUAACGUUUGCAGAUCUUUCGUUCGCUACUUCACAUUUUGAUCAGGCAGGUUUGUUGUCUGAAAGUAGAUAUGGUCCUAUCUAUAAAGGCACCCUACCUGGCGGACAUAAUAUAGCCGUUAAAGUUUUGGUUUUCGGUGAACGUGAUUCAAUCCUAUCUGUUCAAGAAGCUGGAAGAGAACUCGAGAUUUUAGGACGAAUGAGACAUCCUAAUUUGGUUUCUUUGAUUGGAUAUUGUUUGUUGGGUGAAAAGAAGAUUGUUGUUUACGAUCACAUGGAGAAUGGAACUUUGGAAAAUUUACUUCAUCAUCGAGGAGAAGAGAAUUUGAUAACUGGUUGGAGUUUCAGGCAUAAGAUCGCGUUAGGCAUUGCCAGGGCGCUUGCAUUUCUCCACCACGGAUGUUCUCCUCCAAUAAUUCAUAGGGAUGUGAAAGCGAGCAAUAUUUAUCUCGAUCUUCAUUUGGAACCAAGAUUGUCUGAGUCAGGGCUAGCCAAAAUCUUCGGAAAUGAUGAUGGUUUAUCUUCGGGGUAUUUGAGUCCUGAAUUUAACAUUCAAUCAGUAUCUGGCUCUGGCUCUGGUUCUGGCUCUGGCUCUGGCUCUGGAUCAGGAUCGGAGUCCCUGAAUCCGAAGUUUGAUGUUUAUGGGUUUGGAGUGGUUUUGUUAGAGUUGGUGACUGGGAAAAAGGAGACGGGAGAUUUGGUUCGAUGGAUUAGAGAUUUAGUGAAGAAAAACGAGGGUUCGACAGCUAUUGAUACGAGGAUUAAUGGAUCGGCUUCGAAAAAUGAGAUGGAAGAGGCUAUAAAAAUUGGAUAUUUAUGCACAUCUGAUCUUCCUUGGAAAAGACCAAGCAUGCAGCAGGUUGUUGGACUUCUCAAAGACAUUCAAUCAAACUAGCAUGCAGCAUGAACUGAUGAACCAAAACCAAACUAUAUUAUGAUCUUCUUUGUUGGCUUAAAUUUUGAUUUAGUUUUGAACAAAUUGGCUUCUUUUACUUCAUCUAUCUUGGCUACUUCUUAAUCGAGGCUUACUUUCAUACCAUUUAGUCGUAUCAAUAAGUUUCGAACUUAAGACAUUUACACAAUA